AUGGGUGCGCUGACAAAAGGACGUUACCUCUCCAUGGCGGGCCUCCUGCUCCUUGUUUAUUGCACAGUGUCCGUAAUCUCGAAAGGUGCCACGGGGGACGCUCAGCCCGACGCGCUGCCCUCGGUGCAAGGCACCCUGCCGCACUUCAUCCAGGAGCCGGAAGACGCCUACAUCGUCAAGAGCAACCCCAUUAAGCUGCGCUGCCGAGCUGCACCGGCGUUACAGAUCUUCUUCAAAUGCAACGGGGAGUGGGUGCACCAGAAUGAGCACUUUUCCCAGGAGUAUAAGGACCUCAACACCGGGCUGAAGGUGCGUGAGGUGAUGAUCAACGUGUCCCGUCAGCAGGUGGAGGAUUUCCACGGCCCCGAGGACUACUGGUGUCUCUGCGUGGCCUGGAGCCACUUGGGCACCUCCAAGAGUCGCAAGGCUACAGUCCGCAUCGCCUACCUGAGGAAAAACUUCGAGCAGGACCCCCAGGGGAAGGAGGUGCCAAUCAACGGGAUGAUUGUUCUGCACUGUCGCCCCCCAGAGGGAGUGCCUAUGGCGGAGGUGGAAUGGCUAAAAAACGAAGAGCUGCUGAGCUCCCUGACUGACGACAACAUCGACACCCGCGCGGACCACAACCUCAUCAUCAACGAGGCGCGGCUGUCCGACUCGGGCAACUACACCUGUCUGGCCAGCAACAUCGUGGCCAAGAGACGCAGCGCCACAGCCACUGUGAUAGUCUUUGUGAACGGCGGCUGGUCCCUGUGGACAGAGUGGUCGGCCUGCAAUGUGCCAUGUGGGCGGGGUGUCCAGAAGCGAUCUCGAACCUGUACUAACCCGGCGCCUCUCAACGGCGGGGCUUUCUGCGAGGGCAUGUCUGUACAGAAGAUCACCUGCAACGCACUCUGCCCAAUUGAUGGGGGCUGGGACGAGUGGAGCGAAUGGACCGUAUGCAGCAGCCAGUGUGAGAGGCAGCGGAAUCGGGAAUGCAACUCCCCAGCGCCCAGACACCGAGGCAAGAUGUGCGAAGGGAACAGCAAGGCCACUGAGAACUGCACAGAUGGACUGUGUACCCAGAAUCGAAAGCUGCUACAUGACGUUAAACCUCAAAGUAUGGACAGUUCCAACGACGUAGCCCUGUACUCCGGCCUGGGAGCCGGCAUCAUCGCCGUGGCGAUCCUCGUAGUGGCUGUCAUGCUGUACAGGAAAAACCACAGCGAGUACGGCGUGGACGUCAUCGACUCCUCUGCGCUCGCCGGGGGUUUCCAGUCUUUCAAUUUCAAGAACACCAGACAAGGCAACCCGCUGCUUCUCAACUCCUCGAUGCAGCCUGACUUAACAGUGGGACGGACAUACAGCACUCCCCUCUGCUUCCAGGACGGCGCAGACAAAGAGCUCUUUGACCCCCUGCCAGACAUCAAGGUCAAAGUUCAGAGCUCCUUCAUGGUGUCGCUAGGCGUGGCCGAGCGGGCGGAGUUCCACGCCAAAGCCCCCGCUGAGACCUUCCCACGGGACAUGAGCCGAGACUACUGCAGCACCGCGGACAGACGCAAGAAAGGCCUGCUCACCCUCAACGGACCCUUCAGCACCGGCAAAGAGCAGCUGCGGACCACCGGCGUGUUCGGCCACCCCGGGGGACGACUGGUGGUGCCAAACACCGGGGUCAGCCUGCUGGUGCCUCAUGGAGCCGUAGCUGAAAAUAUGUCCUGGGAGAUGUACAUGGUGAUCAAUCAGGGAGAGGCAAGUGUCCAAACGCUGGAAGGCUGUGAAAUCCUCCUGGGCCCAGAGGUGACGUAUGGUCCUCCAGGCCUGGACCUCUUCUGCCCACUGGCCAUGACCAUCGCUCACUGCGCCGAGGUGGACGCCGAGAACUGGAACAUCCAGCUCAAGAGGAAAACACAGGACAGCAAGUGGGAGGAAGUGAUGUCGGUGGAGGAGGAGUCAACUUCCUGCUACUGCCUGAUGGACUCGACGAGCUGCCACCUGCUGCUGGACCAGCCGGGCUCGUACGCCCUGGUGGGCGAGCCCCUGACGCAGGCUGCCGUCAAGAGGCUGAAGCUGGCUGUGUUUGGGAGCAUGGAGGCGGGCUCCAUGAGCUACAGCCUGCGGGUGUACUGUGUGGACAACACGCCGCACGCCUUUCAGGGAGUGGUGGCGGCAGAGAAGAGCAGAGGGGGUCAGCUCCUCGAGGAGCCAAAGAUGUUGCCUUUCCGAGCGAACACCUUCAGCCUCCAGGUGUCCAUCCAGGAUGUCCCGCAGUUCCUGUGGAGCAUCAAACCCUUUACCACAUGUCAGGAGUUCUCCUUCCCCCAAGUGUGGUGCAGCAACCAGCAGCCCCUGCACUGUGCCUUCUCUCUGGAGAGAUACAGCCCUGCCACCGCCCAGCUCUCCUGCAAAAUCAGCGUGCGCCAGGUCAAAGGCCACGAGCAGAUUCUGCAGGUCUACACGGCUGUGGCCGAGACUGAAAAGGAGUCAGUUCCAUUUUUUAUGCAGACGGACUGCACCAUCACGUCCCAGACGGGGCCCAAGGCCUUCAAAAUCCCCUUGUCCAUCCGCCAGAGGAUCUGUGCCACCUUCGACACUGCCAACGCCAAGGGCAAGGACUGGCAACUCUUAGCCCAGAAGCUCCACUUAGAUCGAAACCUGGGUUAUUUUGCAAAGCAGCAGAGUCCGUCGGCAGUCAUACUGAGCCUGUGGGAGGCUCGCCACCAGGACACCGCUGACCUUGACUCUCUAGCCAGCGCCCUCGAGGAGAUUGGCAAGAUCCACUCCAAAAGCUCCCCCAAGGACCAGGAUGAGCCGGAGUCUGACUUCAAUCACAUACAAGCGGGCAGUCUGUGCGGAACGGGCACACUAACAAACCAGACGACAGAGGACUCUGCUCCUGAGUACACAGGCUGA